CUAAUAUCCUUCGCAUCAUCUAUAAAUUGUGCCCACUACUCUCUCAUAUCCUUAGCAUCAUCCUUUCUUAGGCAACUCUCUCUAGUACUUGUUAUAGUGAAGAUAGAAUGAAGAAUAAUCCAAUGGUAAUGAUCAUAGGUUUGGUAAUUAUUUUAACAUGGGUUGCAUGGAGGAUCUUGGAGUAUGUUUGGUUGAGGCCAAAGAAGCUAGAAAAAUGGCUGAGAAAACAAGGUUUCAAGGGCAACAAUUACAGGCUAUGGCAUGGAGACUUGAAAGAUAUGAACAGGAUGAACGCUGAUGCAUUCUCCAAACCUAUAAGUCUCACUGACGAUAUCUUGCCUCGUGUGGUGCCAUUUCAUCACCAUAUCAUUCAGAAAUAUGGGAAAAAAUCAUUCAUAUGGCAUGGGCCAAUUCCAAGGGUACACAUAAUGGAGCCAGAAUUGAUAAGGGAAAUCUUGUUCAAAUACAACUACUUCCGUAAACCCAAGUCACAACCCUUGGUAAGUCUACUCGUUAGCGGGGUUGUGUUUUACGAAGGUGAAAAGUGGGCAAAGCAUCGAAGAAUUCUCAAUCCUGCAUUCAAAUUGGACAACUUGAAGCACAUGCUACCAGCCAUCUAUGAGAGUUGCAGCAGUAUUAUAGAAAAACUAGAGAAAGUGGUAACAGAGAAUGAGCAGGUGGAAGUUGAUAUGUGGCCUUACCUAGGAAAUUUAUCUGCUGAUGUAAUAUCUCGAACAACCUUUGGAAGUUGCUAUGAAGAAGGUAAAAGGAUCUUCCAACUCCAAACUGAACAAGCCAGACUUACAUUUAGCAUUUUGCAGUCAAAUUACAUACCUGGAUGGAGGUUUUUGCCAACUAAAACGAACAAGAGAAUGAAACAAAUUCACACUGAAGUUCGUGAGCUUAUGAAGGGAAUCCUCAACAAAAGGAUAAAACUAGGAGAAGCUCGAAAUGAUGAUGACUUGCUAGGCAUACUCAUGGAAUCUAACUUGAGAGAAAUUCAGAAAUUUGAAAACAGCAAAUUAAAUCAGGCCGGGGCCGGGCGCCAGCCCGAGCCCGGGAUCACCAUUGAAGAGUUGAUUGAAGAGUGCAAGCUAUUGUAUUUUGCGGGCCAAGAGACAACUUCAAACUUACUUUCUUUUACAAUGGUUAUGCUUGCUAAGCAUAAGGAUUGGCAAACUCGUGCUCGACAAGAGGUCCUUGGGAACAAUAUCCUGGAUUUUGACACAUUGAACCACCUAAAAAUUGUAACCAUGAUUCUAUAUGAGGUUUUAAGGCUAUACCCCCCUGCAAUGACGAUGGUGCGAAAGAUUGAUGAGGUGACAAAGCUAGGAGAUGUAACCUUACCAGCUGGGGUGGAACUUGUUCUACCAAUAAUCUUAGUUCACCAUGAUACUGAGAUUUGGGGUGAAGAUGCAAAUGAAUUUAAACCAGAUAGGUUUUCAGAAGGUGUAGCAAAAGCAACAAAAGGUCAAUUAGCUUCAUUCUUCCCCUUCAGUUCGGGUCCUCGAAUUUGCUUAGGACAACAUCUAGCAUUGAUGGAAGCAAAAAUGGCGAUAGCGAUGAUCCUACAACGCUUCUCCUUCGAGAUCUCACCAUCUUAUGCUCAUGCUCCUUUUCCUAUACUCACCCUUCAACCCCAACUCGGUGUUAACUUGCUUUUACGCAAAAUAUGAUCGAGUUUCAGAUACACCGGAAAAUAGAAGGGCUUUAAAAUAGAUGAAUAAGUAAUAUCUUGUCGUUUAUUAGAAUCAUUUCUAGUUUUUGUUAGGUGCAUGCAUGCAACUCACUGUGGUGUUUUGAUGAUGAAUGUUCACUACAACAUUGUGUAUCUAUAGCUAUGAAGUACAUUGUAGCUAAUUAUAAAAAAAUUCGUGGCUAAACACUUUAGCCACGAUUUUUUGUUCCGUA